AUGGUGUUUAAUCUUUUUAGAAUUAGUGCAGAUUUGGUUCAUCUCUUAAGUAUAUAUUUCCUUUUAACAAAGAUCAUUAAUCAUAAAAAUUGUAUAGGAAUUUCAUUAAGAUCACAAAUAUUAUUCCUUAUUGUAUGGGUUACUAGAUACUUAGACAUUUUUUAUAAUUUUUAUUCAUUAUAUAAUACUAUUUUAAAAAUUGUUUAUUUAACAACUUCUGCAUAUACUAUCUAUUUAAUUUCAAAACGUUUUAGAGCAACAUAUGAUAAAAUUCAUGAUACAUUGAAUGUAUGGUAUUUAAUUGUUCCUUGUAUUGUACUAGCAUUUAUUUUUACUGAAGACUAUUCUAUUACAGAAAUUUGUUGGACGUUUUCUAUUUUCCUUGAGGCAGUUGCUAUUCUUCCACAAAUCUUACUUCUUCGUUCAACUGGUGAAGUUGAAAAUUUAAAUUCUCAAUACAUUUUUUGUUUAGGUUUAUAUAGAGCACUUUAUAUUAUUAAUUGGAUAUACCGUUAUGCAACAGAACCAUCAUAUUGGAGUCCAUUAACAUGGAUUUGUGGUUCUAUUCAAACCUUGUUAUAUGUCGAAUAUUUCUACUAUUAUAUUAAAAGUAGAGUCGAAGGAACUAAAUUCGUUUUGCCAUAA